AUGACGAAACUUUCUGAAGAUAGAGAGACUAUCCCCCAAGGUGUUCAAAAUGCCGAACAGAGGAGUUCAGAAGGGAGAGAAGUGGAUGAAUCAAGUGGAUCCAUGAGAGAGAAGGCAAAUGGAGAAGCAGGAUCCGAUUCUGAGGGGAAUCACGGGAACAAUUAUUUGGAGAGCAGUCCCCAAGAAAUGGACCAAGCACAUGAAGAGUCAUCAAGCCUUGAUGAUGUUGGGAAUGCUGAGAUUUCCGAAGAUGAACCUCUUAGUAAAUGGAAGCGUCCUUCCGGGAGAAAGGUUCAGGCCAAAAGCGGUGAGGAGUUUAGCUGCAACAUUUUAGUCUUUUCAAUACAAAUAUAGAUGGGAACUUGAAUUAAGAUGACUACCACAUAACUUUAACACACUUGUAGUCACCCUGUAGAAUGUAAAAUAACAACCAUUCCCACGUCUAGAGUGAAAAAUGAUAGAGCAUUUAGGUUUUAGGGUUAUGUCCAUCUUAUAUUUGUUAAUAGGUUUAGCUUAUGAUUCAUGAGGGUGUGGUUCAUCCGUCCAAUUUAGUUUAUAUGAUAAGUGGGGCGUUGUGUACAGGUAGCUAUACCU